AUGAAAUUAUUAAAAUCAACCAUACCAAAGCUUAGCAUUUUUCAUAUUUUUCGUAGUAGUACCAAAAGAUUAUUAAAUCUAGAUGAAUUAGAAAUAGAUAGAUUACAAUAUUCUCAUGAUGUGUAUCGAACGAUAUUUGAUGGAAAUUUUUCUUCUCCCGUAACUGAAUGUUUACAAAAAGGUGCUAAAGUUUUAGACUUCAGAUGUGGCCCGGGAACUUGGGCUUGUGAAAUGUCAAGCGACUUCAAAAAUUCCAUAUUCUAUGGAGUAGAAUCAAUAUCAUGUUUUCCAUUACAAAAACCUUUAAACGUUGAAUUUAUUAAAUCAAAAACGUUAAAUGAUAAAAUACCUUUUGAAAAUAAUUUUUUUGAUUUUAUAUUUGUACAUUCCGCUAUACUAUGGUAUUCUAGUUCUCAAUGGAAAGAAAUUAUUAUACCUGAAUUAAUUCGUAUACUUAAACCUGGUGGUUACUUGGAAAUUAUGGAAGCUGAAAUAAAAUUAUAUGGUGAAGGUCCUGAAACUCCCAUAUUGACCAAACAUAUCGAAAAAUGUAUGUACAUCAAUAUUAUCUUUUUUUUUUUUUUUGAUUAA